AUGUCCGCCGCUCUUUGUGCCGGCUUCCUGCUUGCCGCAGUGGCCUUUUGGUUCUAUAGACGUUCUGAACGUCAGGCAGAGGAAUCGAGGAGGUUGCAAUCGGAACUUAAGGCAGCCCUCAGAGAGCGAGAUGCUGAACAGCACUUUAAUUACAACGUCACCCAGCCAAAGUUGGAGGAGCAACGGAGACAUAUUGAAAAGAUCGAGCGAAUAAACGAAAGAUUGAACGAAGUGCUGACUCACAGGGACAAGAGGAUCGAAGAGCUCGAAAACGAGAACAAAAAACUUGAUGGCCUGCUGAGGGAGAAAAAACAAAAUUUCCGUCGUUAUAUGCUCGCCGAGCAAAACCGACAGCCGGCGCCUGUCAGCCUAUUGACACCAACGUCCGCCACCCGUGGCUUGACGGGUAUACUGGGUUUGGCAUCGACACCAAAUGCAGCCUCUCCUGGCUACCGCUUGCCGGCUGGUUCGGCUGCGAAAGUGCUACGUACCCCUGUCUUCACGUUUGGCUCUCUCUCCAGUCCCUCCACCCAAGGUGCACAGGUCGAGGAUGAUGAGGCUUCCUUCAGCCGCGCCGGCCCGCAGGGCGGACAUGGAGGUCAGAGCAGCGAACUGCUGCAGCAGGCUCGUCCAGAUGUCACACAGCUGGAGGCAGAGGCCGUAGGCCUUCGCGAGGAACUACAGCAGGCGCUGCAGGCUGCGGCAGGCCAUGAGGCGGAGGUGUACAACAUUCGCGAAGAAUUGCAGCAGGCGCGGCAGGCAGCGGCAGGGAUAGAAACUGAGCUCAGACAGGCGCAGCAAGCUGUUAUGGGGCUCGAGGCCGAGAGGACGAAUUUCCGUGGAAAGCUCAGGCACGCGCAGCAGGCCGUGGCGGGCUACGAAGCCGAGACGAAGAACCUUCGUGAAGAGUUGCAGCACGCGCAGGACACCGUGGCACAGCUCGAGGCGGAUGCAAAAAGCCUUCGCGAAGAGUUGCAGCAGGCGCGGCGCAAUACGUCGCAGCUUGAGGCGGAGGUGUUGGACUUGCAGCAGCAGCUGGAGGCGGCGGUGCAGCAGGCAAAGUCUGCGACAUGGGCUGCCGAGCAGGUUGCUGAGGUGGUGGAAACCGCUGCAGCCGCUAUUCAGGAAGCUGAAGGGGCAAAGGAAGACCUGGUUGACCACAAGAUGAGCCUGGAGCUGCAGGAGCUUCACGAGCAGUGCGUCCAACUGAAGGUACUGUACCGAGGUGCAGCUACAGAUGUCGUCAGUCUGGCUUUGGGUGGUCCCUUCUCUUCCACAUGUGCUCAUCUGUUUGCACAAGCCGCAAGGUGGCAAAUCAUAGGUGGUCGUAGGUACUUUUUCCCCCCGAGCGACGCGAGCUGUUUUGUCCACGGUGUGGUGUCCGCAAAGGUGGAGGAGCUUUCCACACGGAACAAGAGUCUUCAGCAGGAUGCAAAAGCAGCCCGAGCGGAGGCGGAGGACCUGUCGCAGCGGAACAGGAGUCUUCAGUGCCAUGUGGAGGAGGUCCUGGCGGAGGCAGAGGACAUGUCCCAGCGGAAUAAAAAUCUGCAAAAGGAUGCGGAGAAGGCCCAGGCGAGUAUUGUCCGCAUGCUUUAUGAAGGUAUUGACCGUGACCAGCUCCUGGAAGCUUGCGCGAAGCAGCAGUCAGAGCUGGACUGCCUGAGGUCGCAGCUCGUCACCUCCAGAACGGAGAAGGAAAGCGCGGCGCAAGUCUUGCAGCUCACCGCGGACCAGGUCGACUGCGAGCGGGAGCGGGCGUGCAGCCUGAGCGCUGACAUGGAGCGCGCCAAGCAGGUAGUGGAGAGCAUCCACCAGCGGAUGUCGACUUUGGAGAGCGGCUGGCUCUUCAGCGGCUUGGGGGGCAGCUUUGAGGAGGUCUUACGUUUCCUGGAGCAGCUGGAAGACUUUGUGGUUGAGCGCAACGACCGCUGCGUCGCCCUGGAAGCCCAGGCAGCCGAGCUCUCCCAGGACUUUGACAAAGUGGCAGAGGAGUGCAGCCGCCUGGGACAGCGCGCUGCGGAGCUGGCUGCGAAGCGCAGCGCCCUGUUGAGCGACGCGGUCAGGCUGACGGGUCUGUGCAAAGAGCUGGAGGCGGAACGCAUGGCAGCGAUCUCAGCACUGGAGGCGACGCGUCUGGAACGUGACGACCUGGCGCGUGUGCGGGAGUCCCUCAGCCGCAAGGUGGCUGACUUGCAGCUGCAUUGCGAAUCCGCCGGAGAUGAAAUAGCCGCCGCGGAGUCCCGGGUCGCGCAGCUUCAAGAGCAGCUGGCAGCCGUGGAGUCCCGGGCCGCCCAGCUGCAGGCAAAACUGGAAGCCUCGGACAGCCGGUGUGCGGAGUUGUCGGGUCAGGUUCGUCAGCUGCUUGAAGCUCCGGAGGAGGUGGAUGCAGUGAUGGUGGGUCUAAUGAACGAGGUGGAGCGUGAUGCGGAGAUGCAUGCGCUCUCUCAGGAGGCUGAUGAACUACGUGGUGCCCUUGAAGCUGCCAAUGCGGAGAAGGAACGGCUGCAGGGCCAGGUGGCAGACGCGAACACGCAGUCCUGGACGCUGGUGGUCGCACCACCACCUGAUGGCAGCGACUUGAACGAAUGA